AAGGAGCACAUGGAUCAAAUGACGUCGGUAGCAGAGAGCUCGGUAGAAGCAAAGAGGGUGCCUAGAAAGCGAUUUGUUGGUCGUCGUACCGUGACAGCGUCUGCUGACGGAUCCUUAGUGAAGACCAAUAGAGUAAGAAGCCAUGUGGGCAGGGCCAUGACGCAGAUCCCGGCUGAGAUACUUGAAGAUGGUGAGCUGAAUGAGGCCAUCAAGCUGCUUCCUUCAAACUACAACUUUGAAAUCCACAAGACUGUGUGGAACAUCAAGAAGAGCAACGCAAAGAGAGUGGCUUUGCAGAUGCCUGAAGGCCUACUCAUAUACUCUUUGAUCAUUGCUGAUAUCCUUGAGCAAUUCUGCCAGUGUGAGACCAUAGUCAUGGGUGAUGUCUCCUAUGGAGCGUGCUGUAUCGAUGACUUCACAGCGAGAUCUUUGGACUGUGACUUCAUAGUUCACUAUGCGCACUCUUGUCUGGUGCCUAUUGAUAUCACGCUCAUCAAAGUGUUAUACAUCUUUGUCACCAUCAGCAUUGACGAAUCGCACCUGAUUAACACCAUCAAAAGAAACUUCGAAAAGGGGUCUCGCAUCGCAACGUUUGGAACCAUCCAGUUCAAUCCAACUAUCCAUGCCAUCCGUGAUAAGCUGGCUAACGAUGAAACCAAACCUAUCUACACCAUUCCUCCGCAGAUCAUGCCCUUGUCCAAGGGAGAGGUACUGGGCUGUACGUCACAGAGGUUGGAUAAAGAAGAUAUAGAUGCGAUGAUAUACGUUGGUGAUGGACGCUUCCACUUGGAAAGUGCAAUGAUUCACAACCCAGAGAUACCUGCUUAUAGGUAUGAUCCAUACUCUAGGAAAUUCACAAGGGAGUACUACGAUCAAGAACAACUCGUAAAGGUCCGUGAAGAUGCCAUAUCAACAGCACAGGGUGCAAAGAAAGUCGGUCUUAUAUUGGGAUCGUUGGGAAGACAGGGCAAUUUGAACACAUUGAACAACUUGGAAACGGAAUUGACCAAAAGAGGUAAAAUUGUUGUCAAGAUUAUCCUUUCAGAGAUAUUUCCUCAAAAGCUGUCAAUGUUUGAUGAUAUAGACGCUUUCAUACAGGUGGCUUGUCCACGUCUAUCCAUCGAUUGGGGUUAUGCCUUUAACAAACCGUUGUUAACCCCAUACGAGGCGAUGGUCAUGAUGGAGAAUGAUCGUAAAUGGGAUAAGAACUACUAUCCAAUGGAUUACUACGGAAGGGAAGGUUACGGUAGGGGUAGAAUACCUGAUCACUCAAACGUUCAAUGAAUAAAUGCACACUCUCUAUUUCUGCUCUAGUUCUUCGUAUGCCUUUUCAACGCCCAGUAGCGUGGCAACGUCAUAUGUACUCCAUUCAAGAAUCUCUUCGUCCUCGUACAAUAUGUGCAGGAUCUUGUAAUAAACGUUGUACAACUUGAGAAACUUCAAUGAACUCUCUGUGAUGAUAUCAUUCGCAAUGGAAGGUGAUGAGAUCUUGAACAAAGCCUGUUGAAUGUCUAUCAGAGCAUUAGGCAAGAAUUCGUGCAGUUUAGUCUCAAUCUCUUGUAGUUUGUCCUUGUUGAACAAUUUGUUUUCGAUCAAAGACGAAUACAUAUAGUAAUCCUCAUCUGUCUCAAUCUGUUCAAUAGGGAAUAUCAGUUGUAUCAACUGUUGAUGGAUGUCCAGCC